AUGCGUCAACCUCUCGGCGGGGCUGAAGAGGUCCAGGCUGGAGGGGACCAGACUGAAGGAGGGGAAACGACUGAGCCCGAGAAAGCUGAUGAAGUUCCGUCAACUUCGUUCUCCUCUUUCAAAUCCUUCCAAUCUGUGGAUAUGGGGUUCUCAGCCAAGAAGUGUUCUAUCCCUGCUGGCGUUAGGGCCGAGAUUUGGGGUAAGCACAAGAGAAGCGCUGAGGCUUAUUUUGGCGGGUGCUCCGACUUAUCUGAAAUGGAGCAAGUCCGAGAAUGGUCUGUUCGGGCCACUGCUGGAAUAGCCGAACCUGGUCCCUCAGUACCAAAUCCUGCCCGAGACAACCAGAAGCUGCUGAUGCAGGUUGUCUACAACCACACCAUGACCUGUGAGAUGAUUGACACACUCCAGGAAAAGGUGGACAUUUCUGAAACAGAGGCAAAGCUUGCCCAGCUGAAGCAAGAGAAAGCCGAGCACAGAGCUCAAGUUGUGAUUGACUCCUUUGACACCUUCUACGCUGAAAUGGAGCGGGACAUUCUGCCUCAAAUAGAUGAAGGUGAAGCCUUGCUCAACGCAUUCGGCGCGGUUGAUGUUCCCAGCCUCAAGGCCAAGAUCCAGCAAAAAAUUGACAUUGAGGUCAAAUCUCAAGUGCUGGCCCGAGACGAGAUAUCUCGGGAGAAGAUCAAGAUCUUGGAGGGUAACGUCAAACAGCACCUUGAGGCCUGCAAAGUGAGGGAGAAGGAGCUGAUUGAGGCUAGGAUUCAGCUGGAGUCUCAACGGCAAAGCAUUACCGGUCUGGAGGUUCAGCUGAAGAGUCAGGAAGAGCGCUUCUCCCAGGCCCAAGCCCGGGCUGAGCAGACUGAGCAGCGGCUUGCUGAUGCCGAGGCCCAGUUGGAAAGACAACGAGAGUCUUCCCAGAAAGCCAUGGAGGAAGUGCAGAAGAAGCUGGCCGAUGCUGAGCAAGCUAGUCAGGCUGAAAUUGACUUGUUGGCUCGCCUCCAGGCCGAGGAUGCUGAGAUGAGGGAAGCUGAGCUGAAAGAGGCUGAGGUGAAGGGAGCUGAAGUCCAGGCUUCAGUUCGACCUGCUUCCUCUGCAGCUGGGGCUGAUGCCGCGCUGGAUUCCACCCCCAUAGGGAUGCCAGACCCUCCAGCUGAAGCCUAG